GUUUAACCAGAAGGAACAGUUUGUUCACGACGCCAAAAACCCAUGAGUACUAAAUUUUCCGUAGAAGUGGGUCAAAGCAGCGAGCAGCCCGGGAUGCACUGACGGUUGUUGUUGUAUUUUUUUUUUCGUGAAUUUUGUGUGUGUAAAACCGUUGGACACAGCUAGCGACGUCAGUUAGCUAGUUUCGUCGAGCGAACAGGACAACCGUUGAGCUAGCUUUUUCUUUUGUCGGUUACUACGCGGUUAACGUCAACAACAAGGGGGGGAAAAAUGUCGGGAGAGCCAAUUCUCAUCACACUGGAAACGGCCACCGGGGCCACUAGCUCAUUCCCGGUUGUUUUGAAGAAAAUAAUGGAAAUGCCUCCGCCGAAUAUACUGGACGGGGAGGACGACACUGACAAGGAAAAGCUGUGUCUGGGAGAAAAUGCCGAGCUGGGGGGAGGAGGAAGCGAUAUGGGUCCUUCAGCCGCCCUGACUCCUGCUAUCUGGGAGAAGACCAUUCCCUACGAUGGUGAGAACUUCCACCUGGAGUACAUGGACCUGGAGGAGUUCCUUAUGGAGAACGGCAUCCCCACCUCGCUUGACGAGGACUCCCUAAAGAGCAUAACAGAAGGCGGCGCCACCAAGACAGAGAAAACUAAGGUUGCUCUCUCUGCAAAGACAAAGGUGACCAGGCCAGCAAAUGUGUCCCCAGUGGCCCUGCUGCCCAUUCAGGAGUUGGACCGGUGUGAGGAGGAAGUGGUGAUCAUCACCAAGAGUGACUCUGAUAUCAUCUGUGAUGUUACUGCAGAGGUGACCACUGAAGAGGACAGAGCGUCCCCCGAGCCCAUCGACCCUGAUGAGAUUGAGGUUGAGAUCAACUACGAGCCUGAUCCCACAGACCUGGUCCUGUCAAGUGUGCCUGGGGGCGAACUGUUUGACCCACGCAAACACAAGUUCACUGAAGAUGAGCUCAAACCACAACCUAUGAUCAAGAAGGCCAAGAAGGUGUUUGUGCCUGAUGAACAGAAGGAUGAUAAGUACUGGCAGAGGAGGAAGAAGAACAACGUAGCUGCCAAACGCUCACGUGACGCCCGCAGGUUAAAGGAGAACCAGAUCACCGUCCGAGCAGCUUUCCUGGAGCGUGAGAAUGCAGUGCUGCGGUCGGAGGUUGCAGAGUUACGAAAGGAGUGCGGCCGCUUCAAAAACGUUGUGGGUCGCUAUGAAGCCAAAUUUGGAUCAAUUGCGAUGCCGGAAGACCAAUAGACAACAGCUGAUUUAUUCAUUUAUUUUUCUAAUGAAUCAAUAAAUCAAAACCAUUGAGGGUUGGUAUGUGAGAACAAUAGAAUCGAUCAGAUGAAGAAGAGGAGGAAGAGAGCGUACGUGAGGGCGUGACUGUUGUUGCCAUGGAGACGCAACAGCAUGUUAAGACCUGAUAUCUGUUUUUUUUUAUUUUUUUUUUAUUUUUUUAUGACUUCUGUUUGCCAUCCAUGUGAGUGAGAUGAAUGUGAGAAGAUAUUCAAGUGCUUCUUCAGUACACCUCUUUCAUGUAGUGUACUUCUAUCAUGUUUUGUAUGCCUUUGGCCGAAAGAGAUCAUUUGUGAUGAACUGUGGGUUUUAUUUCAAUUUUUUAGAUGGUUGACAUUUAGGCAGCAGUUACAAUAGUUUAGACUAGAUUUUGAGUCAGUUUUAUGAUAUUGUAGAAAUAAACUGGUUUGCAGGUUGCUUUCAGUUCUUUGCACAUUUUAAUGACUUCUGAAACCCACAUGUCCAUUUUUUUGUUUUCAAAUUUCUAUUAGUAUGGCAGAUAUGUAGAGAACUGGGCUUUUCUUUCCUCACAAAAACUUCUGAUUGUGACAUUUCCACUAACUUAAGCUUCUUCAGGGGAUAACAGUGACGUGGCUGAAAGAAAUGCAGCCAUGUUUACUUCUCUUCACAUAAAAGAACUCCUUACCAGCAGCACAGGGCUGUACAUAAACACUGUUCUCCCUGUUUCAAUGUAUGUCUUGCAGUCGCUCUCGUGCUGUGUUUGUCACUGAGUAAGACGCCUGCUUGAGCCUCUGUAGGUUGUCAUGUGACUCGUCCAUUUACGUCAGAAACGCUUCAGAAGUAUUGUGUGUAGAACCCACUGAUGCAUGUACUGUAAAUAGUUGUAGUCUAAAAUGAUGCUCUAUUUUUUUUUUUUCCAAUAUUUUACAAAUGUGUUCAGUCUUGUAGGACAUGAGAACUCAGAUACAUUGCCAGUUGAGUUUUUGAACAGGUUCUCUUUAGUUUGAGUGAAUAUCAAGCAAUUAAAUUGUAAAUUUCCUUAAAGCUUAUCAUCUCUUGAAGAGCUGACAUUUGCCCUUAUAUGGCAGUGUCUCAUCUUUGUUAGAUGCUAAUGUUGCUCUUUAAUUAUUGCUUCAUUAAAGGCAGCUGGUGGUGAAAGGUUAAACUCGUUAAGCCUGAAAACACAGACAUUUUUGUUGAUGUCGUCUACUACACAGCUCUUAUUAAAGUAAUCAAGCUCAUAUUUCUAGUAAAUUUACAGGUGCAUUCCUUGAAACAACCAAAACAGUAAAGAUGUUCAAAACCCUUGACUGGAAUGUAUUUGCAUUUAGAUUGAAUAAUCUAUUAAGUUUUUUGGGGUGUGUUGGUGGACUCACUUAUCACCCAACUUUUUUUAGUUCAUUUGUGUCUGAACUUCUUCAGAAAUUCUCUCUCAGACUUGGAAGCUGGCAGCUGUCGCCAGCUGAUAAUUUUUAUUUUUUGACAAACCAAGAAGUCUCAAUAAAUACAGACUGUAUUGGGGCAUCUUUAUUUUUUUAUAAAAUAAAGAACCUCGAAAUAUAAAAAUGUCUUCUAUGUCUAAAGCCAUUUCAAUGCAGGGUGCAGUCUGGCGGUUUACAGGGGUUAUACUGUUGAAAAUCAUAUCCAAAAAUCAAAAGUUGUUACCCAGGAUUAUUUAACUGUCCAAUUCUGACAAAAAGGGAAAGGUGGUCUUUUCUGCUGUGCUUCCACUAUAGACUUUUUUACCAAGAAUUCACUGUAAGUCUUUUUUUUUGGGAGGGGUCGAUUUAUGAAGAAUUUAAUUAAAUCUAAACUGAUAUGGGUUAUUUUAUUAACAACACACCCAGCAGUAAACACAGCUUCAUCUAUUCUCAUCUUUUUGUGUAAAAAUGAAGAGCAAUCUUCUCUGUGGAGUAAAACUAAACGUCAGGAUCGCCACAUUUAUCCAGUGGAUUUUCUGGAAAUAAUUUUACUCCAAGCCUCAUUAAUUUCAGUUAAGAAAGAGUCACAUUCUCCAUAAUACAGUCUCCAAAGUGUAAUUAUUAGUAUCAUUUUGACAUGAAUGAUUAUGUAUUUCCUGACUUGUUUAAAUAUUUGUAAUGCUCUCUGCUAUAAUAGAGGUUGCAUCUGCCUUCUACCAGGAACAGGUCAAUUUGUUAACUUUGAGGGGUUGUUUUUAAUCCUCCUGGUUCUGUCUUUGUAUUUCUUUGUAAAGAAACAUCUUGGCAUUUUAAGUGUGGCUACCUUUUGUCUUGUAUAUACAGUAUGUAUAAAUAAAGCCUUGUUGAAAAAGUG